AUGGAUGCGCAGAAUGCUGUCGAGCCCGCCUCCACGAAGCCUGCUGCUUCUCCCAAGCGGACUGGCAUCGAUUCCGAUCAGCCCAAGCCCCCCGCCGUGAUCAAGUCGCCCGCCAAUCUAAAACCUGAAUCCCCAAGCAGGGACACUAGGCCGGGCGCGCCUGCAUCAAAUGCCCCUGAUGAAGAUGGCGCCGCAGAAGGGAAUUCCGACGCUGAGACCAUCGUCUUGCCCGGCAAGGACGGCCACUCGCCGUCCAAAGUGCGCAAGAUCAUCAAGCACGAGGACAAGAGCGACGGCGAGGACAUAUCCUCUACGCCGCCCGCUCGGAAGCAGCACUCUAACGGGAAGCAGGACCGCGACGUCGACAGAGCCCAUCGCGCUGAGCGGCCCGACAAGACCGUGUCGGUCGCUGGCAAUAAUGGCCCAAAUGACGGGCCGGGCCCCCUUGGGGCAAAGAAGAAGAAGGCACCCGAAAAGUCCAAAAACAAGGACGGGUCGAGCGGCUUGAGCUCCGCGCCGGCUUCUCCGCCUCAGCGUCGUCGGCGCUCCUCCAACGCGCAAUCAAAGUCCGACUCAGAGACGGCGCAGGUGGAAUCGCCCAGGAACUCGUCGACCGUCAAAGACAAGGCCAAGUCGCUUGACAAGGCCGAGUCUGAAGACGAGGCCGAGAGCCGCAAGGUCCGCCGCCAGCGCACUUCGGGCUCGGGCCUCGAUGCAUCGCGAAAACAGCACCAUCCCGCAAAAGCACACACCGAGUCGCACCCCUCGACGCGGACCAGGUCUAUUUCUCCCCAACCUCGAGCUCACCGCCGUAGCGUUUCAACUCAACUUCCCGGCCAAUCAACUAACGGAUUGAGCCACAAGAAGAAGCGUGUCCCGGCGCCGCUCCAGUCGACCGACUAUCAUUCGGACGAGUCUUCGGCGAGCGGCAGCCCGCAUCCGCGCAGCUCUAAGCUGCGCAGCCUCACCACGCCGGCCACAGCAGACUCCAACAUUUCGCCAGCCAAGAUGGCUCCGCACAAGAAACACCUGGAUGCACAUGGCCAGACUUUCCUUGCCAGGGCGUGUGCCAAGGGUGAGUACGAGAUAGCAAAGACAAGGCUACAGGAACGUCCAGAGGACAUCAACGUCGCCGACUAUGCGGGGAACACGCCGCUCCAGAUCUCAGCACUCAAUGGUUUUGAUGAUAUAGUUAAGCUUCUCGUAGCGGCCGGUUGCAAUCUUGACUGCGUCAACAACGAUAAAGACACGCCCCUCCUUGAUGCUGUCGAGAAUGGCCACCUCGAGGUCGUCAAGAUACUCCUUGCCGCUGGUGUCAACCCGCGCAAGACCAACGCAUAUGGGCAAGAGCCAAUGGAUCGGGUAGGUGACGAAGAGAAUGCUGAAGAGAUCAAACGUGCUCUAGAAGAUGCCAAGCAGCGGAUGGGGGAACGCCGGCGGACUUCGGAGGACCACCAGUUUGAUCACACCGAUGCUCGUUCUUCCCAUGGACCUGAUAGUCCCAGGCAGUCGCCAGGCGCUGCAGGUUCCAUCCACGCUGCCAGUGGGCGGAGGGCGGGAACCGUACGGUCAAACAAGACGAGCAAUCACCUGCUAUACAUGCCCAUGGACGAUAAAACGCUUCGCCAAGCCGCUGCUCGGGGAGACGAGGAGACUGUUACGCGCAUUCUUCAGGUCAGAGACAAGUUUGACGAUCCAGAAUCAAUGAUUGCAGCCGCUCGCGGGGGUCAUGAAAUCGUCAUGCAGCUGCUGUUAGCCUUGGGACGGGCAAAUCCCGAUCCUACGCCCCUCGCGGGUAACGACUUUUCGACCCCGAUGCUAGCUGCAAUCGGCCAGGAAAACAUCAAGGUCAUCAGACUGCUUCUAGACCAGAACAGCUUCGAUCCCACGCGCCGCUACAAAGGGGAGACGUACUACGAGCUUGCCCGGCGACGUCGGGGACCGAACUGGAUUGAGGAGGAGCAGAUGCUGAAAAAUGCCUAUGAUGGAUUUAGAAAAUCGCACAAGGACGGCUCCAAAAAUAAAUCACCUAAUAGGCGAGAGCAGGAGCGAGAAUCCCGGCGGAUUCGGGCCGAGUCGAAGGACGAAACGUCCAAGUCCCACAAGAGAAAAGCUUCGAGCCCGGCCCGAGAACCUAAGAAGUUGGGGCCCGGAAAAGUAUUGGCCACCCAACCAGAAGACCAGGCUUCACCCAAGCGAGGCCCCGGUAGACCCAAGAAGGAAGACCGGGCAAAACGUGCCGAGUCUGAUCUCGCGGCAGCUUCGUCGGAAGGCGAGGCAAUCAAGCCUCGGCGAAAGCUAGUUUCUGGGCGGGAGCUAAAGGGGGAGCGGGACAAGAACAGGCGCGCCAGCAUGACUCCUCGGGAUGAGGGUGAGAAGGCAGAGAAGACACAGAAGACGGAAAAGCUAUCCAUCUCUGGCGAAAGCCCCGGCAAACGCCCCCGGUCCAGCGCAACGCCUCCGAUCCCCGGGAGGCGACUUGAUGUUGAGGGCAAGGAGCGGCCGAGCACGCCCCGAGAAUCAGGGUCUGCCGCCGGUUCAGGACUUCGGAUCGGGUCUCGGAGCCGGGAUAAGGCAGAGACGCCAGGGGACCAGAGCCGGCGCGAAUCGGGCAAGUCUAUCUCCUCAGAAAACAGUAUCCAUGUCAAGUCCGAGGAGCUAGACGCCGAUGCGUCCGACGCUCGCGCUUCGCUUCAUAAAGAGAAGGACGAGGAGGAGAAGAAAAAGAAGCAGCAAGCCGAGGCGGACGCACAGACCCGGGAGGUGAAGAGAAAAGAAGAACAAGAGCGGAAGCGCAAGGAAGAGGAGGAUAGGGAGAAGGAGAAGGAAAGACUUCGCGUCGAGGAAGAGGCCAAGCGUCUGGCCGAAGAAGCCGAAGCUAAACGACGAGAAGAGGAAGAGCAGAAACGAAAGGAGGAAGAUCAACGAGAACAGCGCGAGCAAGAAGAGCACAAGCAGCGCGAGGAGGAAGAGAGGCGCCGACAAGAGGAAGAAGAAAAGAAGCGACUCGAGGAGGAAAGAGAGCGGAAAGAGAAGGAAGCGAAGAGGAAGAGAGAGGAAGAGGAGAGAAAGAAGCGAGAAGAUGAAGAGAGGCUGCGGAAAGAACAGCUUGAGCGCGAGGCCGCCGAAGAAGCUCAGCGCAAGCGCGAAGAAGAAGAGCAGGAAAUGGAACGCCGACGCGCCGUAAGAGAGGCGGAACGCGUCGCCAGGGAGGCCGAGCAACGGCGAAUACGUCUUGAGCAGGAACGUAUCCGCCUAGCCAAGCUUCCUCCACUCCUGCGGUGGCUCGACGGCUCCGUUAACCCCAAAGUACCAGAGGUGGCCGAGAAGUUCAGCAGCACGCAGGGAGUCCGAUACGACUGCAUCCGCCCCGAGGCCAGCGGUACCCCUGAUGGCAGAGAACAAUGGCUGCUCAACACGCAGGUCGCACUCCUUCUCGGAGAGAAAGACUUGAAACUCUCGCGAUACACUGCCUGGACCCGGAUACCCGUGUCUCCUCUGGCGAAACGCAUUAUUUGGCGACUUGAGUCAGACCGAUACGCGCUUACAACACCGAGCCUCUAUGAGCUGGGAAAGCAGCUCCCAGAUUACUACGGCAACGAAGACCCCGGCCGAAUGAGUUAUCGCAUCAUAGAGAGACUCCGAGGAGAGGCAUGGGAGAAGUUUGCUGCAAUGGACAUGUUCUUUGUCAAAGCGUCCGACUUUAUGUACAUCAUUCCAGCAAUACACCAUCUCCAUAACAUAAGGCUUACAAUGGCCUACCGCGAGCUGCCCGAGACGGAUGCGCAACUCGGCAAGUGGGUGCCGCAAAAGUGGAAGAGCGACCCAGAUGCGAACCGAUUCUACGGAUUCGCGCCGAGCAGCAAGCAUUUCGUCAACGGUGAGCUUGUGUCGGAAGAUCAGCCAGGUCUCGCUGCCGUGAGCAUAUCGCCGUUCCCGGAGAAGCGGGUUCCGCGGCGCGGUCUCGUGGCGGUGGAGAUGGACGACCCUGCAUAUAGCAAGCUCUGUAAGGAGCAGGGGCUCGAGGACCUAGCGAGCGAGGGCGAAUCGCCACUCCUGCCCAACGGGGUCCACUCAUCGCCCCUUAGCGCAUCAUCUCGUGUGAUGGCGGCGAGCGUCAACGGCCUAGGCCCGUCGACGCUCGUAGGUGCGGCGACAACAAACGGCAUCGGCAGCGGGUCGAACCGCGAUAACCAUCCCAUCUCGCCGUCCUCGGAACCUGGCCCUGCGCAAGCCCGGCCAUUGGUCGACGGCGCUCAGAGGAUGGUCAAUGGCGGCACGGACUAA